AAUACUUGACCCAAUCCCAAACCUCGUGCAUAUAUAUACACAACAGCGCAAUCUCAAAACCCUAGUUAUCGUCUCGGCCCGCUUCUCUUACCCCAAAAGGUGAAAUAUGGCUCCGAAACAGCCCAACACUGGACUCUUUGUGGGUCUCAACAAAGGACACAUUGUAACGAAGAAGGAGUUGGCACCUCGUCCGUCUGAUAGGAAAGGAAAAACUAGCAAAAGAACCCACUUUGUGAGAAACCUGAUCCGGGAAGUUGCUGGUUUUGCUCCGUAUGAGAAGAGGAUUACUGAGCUGCUCAAAGUUGGAAAAGAUAAGCGUGCUUUGAAAGUGGCCAAGAGAAAGUUGGGCACUCACAAGAGAGCAAAGAAGAAGAGAGAGGAGAUGUCCAAUGUUCUCCGUAAGAUGAGGGCUGGUGGUGGUACUGAGAAAAAGAAGUGAGGAGUAUCAGUGGAUCCUACUUUGCAGUUAUACCAAGCUAAUAGCAGCUGAUAAUUUUCUUUAGUUUGUAUUUUUGUUGUCACAGUUAAAUUCUGUCGAAGAAAUUUAAGACUGGUUUUAGACGGCGUGUUAUGCAAUUUAUCAUGCGAAACUAUGUUGCGCAAUUCUAAAGUGUCGAUUUAGUUUUUGUUUUUGCU